GCAUUGUUUGUCAUUUUUAUGUCAAUUCUCAAGUUCAGAAAAUAUUAUGUAGAUAAUUUGAAUACCAAUUAUUUAACAAAAGUGAUAAUUUUACAGUAGAUAAUUGUAGUUAGUGUCGUAUUAUGCUGUAAAAAUUUAAGCGUAAAAAAUGGGGUGUUGUUAUAGUUUUUUUUGCAAAGAGGACAGUGCACAACAAAGGGGCGAACCGAAUGAAAGGACUCAUUUACUUGUUGAUCCGGUCUCCAAUAGUGCGAACAUACCUCAAUAUAACAGUGAAGAUUUCUUAAAUAAUUCGAAUACUUUACCUAAAAAGACUGAUGAGCAAUCGGCAUUGAAUCGUAUUUUACAGGAGACGGCAACAAAUGUUAUAGACGUAGCCGCUUUGGAUUCACACAAUUUACAGCAACACGAAUAUGUGGAACGGAUGCGACAAUAUUCCUCCAAGUUACAGCAGGCUUGCGCUAGUAAUAAGUUACCAGUUAGACAUAAGCUUUGUGUUUUACAAGAUGUGCCGAUUCCAGAAAAGGUCAUAUGUUCUGAAUCGAUUAGUGCAGAUGAUUUAAACUUGAUAAGCACAGCAGUAUCUAAAGCUGCCGCAGCUAUUGGCGAGAUAAAAGUGGAACAUAAAGAAGAUAUGGUGGUGUUGUUUCGAGUUCCUGACUAGGCCACUCUUGUACUAUGUAAAAAUACUAUAUUUUAUAACGGCAUUAUUGCUAGAUUAUAAGUAUUUUCUAAACGAUUAAAACUGUUCUUUUAAAAUGUUUGAUCAAUUUAAGUCUGUGUUGUAUUAUUUAUUGCUCUACAAAGUUGUAUAAGUGAUAUUACACUGAUAGGAAGGUAUUUUUAAGGGACUAUCUGGAAUUAUUUUAGACAUACUCAUUGUGGACAAAUCAUAUCACGUAAACAACCAGAUAUAAAAUGUUAGCAUUAUAGUCAUUGUUAAUUAUAUGAGAAAGCUUUAUUAAAUUGCCAUAACAAAAAA